UCUGGCUUAAUUAUUUUUAGAUGGAUGGUGCACGCGACCAUUGGCCAGCAAGGCGUGCCUCACAGUGUGCCCGAUCGGAAACCCGAGGGAAGUAAAGUUACACGAAUACUUUCAUCAUGUUGCUCAAACAACUUAAUCACUGAAAUCAAACGAGAACUGUAUAAGUAGGUAUACUGUUCUUGAAAACUGUUACACAUGAUACUAUCGUAAACUACUUGAUUUAGAAAAAGUAAGCACGGAAAAAGUCUUUGAGGAGCCAACGCCGCGCGGUUAAAGGUACCUUUAACACCAUGAACUGUUUUCUGAAAUUAAAAAAAUACUGGCCUGUUUGUUAAACGAAACGUUUCCUUGAGAAAAUCAAGUGACAUUGUCAAUUUGCCCAAAGUUUUGUGAUUGAAAAGUUAUAUUAAAAGAAACUAAAAUAAAGCAAAAUGGUAUUUUCAUCUAGCAAACCGAAGAUUUUAUUGCCACAGGAUCUUCAAGAAAAGAUAUAUUUAUUAAGCAAUUUAUAUAAGCCCACAGAUUUAGAUUCAGCCAACUAUCAAAAUAAGGUGAACGCUAUAAAAAAACUGGAUUGUAUAUUAAAACAUUGCACCAGAAGAGAUCUUCAGGAAAGUGAUUUUAAGGAACUCCUGUUGUGUUCUUUGACUCUAGUGUAUUAUUUUGGGAUGAGGUUAAAAUUGAGCAGAUUAACUUCUAAGUACUGGUAUUGGUGUGGUAAGCGACAAUUUCUGAAAGCAGAAGCAGCUUUCCAAAAAACAAUGGACAUGCUCUUACCAGAAUGCAGCGAGAUGACAAUCAAAAUCACUCUGAAAUUUUUCACCGAUGUCUCGCUUUGGAACUUUGAGAGCUUCGUCGGUCAGAUUUUAGAAGUCGUUCUCUAUUUUAAUCGAGGCAUGACUAUUCUGUUUAACCUGAUGCUCACAGAUAUACACUAUGUCCUAUUCACUGAUGUCAAGUCCGCUAGACAUCGAAUGAGAGUGUUUUAUGAAUUACUCAAGAGUUCAAAUUGGGUCAUCGACAAACAAAAGCUUUUACCAUUUGUCACACGAUUGCUGGACUUUUUUGCUUACAGUAUAUCGAGGAACGAUAGUAAAGCAAGUGUGUACAGAUACUUGAGAAAAGGAUUUGAAGUGUGUUUACGUCGCAUUUUCGAAAGAGUUGAAAACUCACACAGACUGAUGAUUAUAACAACUAUGCUGAACUGGUUUUCUAUGGUCAAUAUGAAUCAUGAGGACGUUCUAGAGUUCUCUUCUUUGCUGGACCACGCGGCACGGUUUUAUCAUGUUAAUUCUUAUAAAGAGAGCUUUUCCGAAGGUUUGAUUGAACAUGUUUUGAUAGAAUUGGUGGGUUCCCCAAAUGUUACGUACAGCCUCGUGGGAUGCAGGCUCUUAUCAACAUUUCUUGAUCGACAACAUAACUCAGAGUUUCUUAUCAUCCCUACGAUUUACUAUGAAUUUUCACAGGUGCGACUAAAAGUUGGAUAUUAUGACCUUAAGGACAAAUUUUUCCUACGAUUUCAUAGAGAGAAAAUGCAUGAUAACCUUCUAAAAGCGGUGAAGAGUCACUGCACGAACAUUGUGAAUUUAAAGAUCAUAUAUUCCAUUAUCUGUUGUUUGGUGCUGGAAGUGCCUUGUGGACUGACUGCCGCUGCGGCGGCGUGCAUGGUCAUGGCUAUUCAAGACUUGGCACUAAACGGAGAGAACAUCCCAGCGCCGUGCAGAUAUUGGUUGCACGCAGUUGUCGUAUCUGUGAUGUCCUUAAUUUGCUGGGUCCACAAAGCUCCUGUACUAUAUACGUAUGUCAACCAUAUUAUAUCAAGGCGGGCGAAGGAGGCACCUCAACUGAACCCGCCGAUCAUGUACUAUUACAAUAUAGGCCGGCAUCAUGUUACUUGGAAUAAGCCUACACUUUUUUUCGAAGAUUGGGAACUGCGUUUCGCGCUUUGGAAGCAUUUCCAAGAAAGUCAGACGGAAAAGAAUCCUGAUAAAUUAGGAAAAAUACCAACUCUAGACUUGCGCAAGUAACCAAGGAAUG